AAUACUCCCUCCUUUACGGCAAAUGGAACAUGGCGGAGAAAUCUCCAGACGGGUUAGAGCUCAGCAAGGAAUGGCAGGAGGCAGCAGACAGCAGGGCAGAGCUGCUCCGGCACCUCAAGGAGCAGGUGCCCCGGAUCUUCUGCCUAAAGAAGGAGCUUAGUCCCCAGGAUGAAGAGGAGCUGGUGCAGAGCCACCUCCUCCACCCUCUGGAGUGCUUCCUGUUUGGAGAGCAUCCCCAAGAGGGCCUCCAAAAACUCCAACAGGGAAGCUCCUCCUCUCAGCUCUGUGGGCGGGUGUUUAAGGAGGGAGAGACUGUCUACUCCUGCAGGGACUGUGCGAUAGAUCCCACAUGUGUGCUGUGCAUGGACUGCUUCCAGGACAGUGUUCACAAAACCCAUCGUUAUAAGAUGCAUGCUUCAUCUGGUGGGGGCUUCUGUGAUUGUGGUGAUGUAGAAGCCUGGAAGAUUGGCCCGUACUGCUCUAAACAUGACCCCGGGGCCACCACUGCCAUGGUUACUGACGAUUGUGUGUUGGAGCCAGAGCUUUAUGAGCGUGCAGAGAGGCUGUUCCGGGUGUUGCUGCGAUAUGUCACAGAUUUCCUGGUGUGGGAGGAAAACUUUGAACUUCCGUCUGAGCUCCAGCCUCGGACAAAGGAGAAUGCAUAUUACUGUGUGCUAUACAAUGAUGAGCACCACUCGUAUGACCAUGUGAUCUACACCCUGCAGCGCUCCGUCAACUGUGAUCACAAUGAGGCACAUACAUACACUGCACUUAUUGACAAAGAGGGUCGACGGGCUGUUAAAAGGGGCACUCUACACUCAUGCGAGCAAGCAAAAGACCUGAUUAGGUCCAACUCGGAGCACAUCUCCCUGCAGCCUCUCCGUGUGGAGAUCCUUCACGCAGCCAUCAUGGCUCAUCAGACCUUUGCUCUGCGGCUUGGCUCAUGGUUCCAGAAGAUCAUUGGUUACUCAGCGGGCUUCAGGCAGGCUUUUUGCCAGGUGGCCCUGGAGCCCAGUGCAGACAGCGACACACCCUGCCUCAUCAGCCGCCUCAUGUUACAUGAUGCCAGGAUGUACAAAGGAGCCCGCAAGAUCGUGCAUGAGCUCAUUUUCUGUAGUAUGCUGAUGGAAACUGAGUUCAAAAGGCUGUUUGCUAUUGAGUUUACAAAGCACUACAAACAGCUGCAGAAGGACUUUAUCAAUGAUGACCAUGAAAGGAGUAUAUCAAUCACUGCUCUGUCUGUUCAGAUUUUCACUGUCCCAACUCUGGCAAGACAUCUGAUUGAGGAAGGUAACGUCGUUAAAGUAAUAGUUGAGACUGUCAUGGCGCUGCUUCGUGAACAUUUGGAUGACAACAAUCGCUUCUUCUUCCUUGGCUACAACUCAGACAAGUUUUCACGCAUCCAGGUCAUCUUCCAUGAUCUCAGGUACAUUUUGAUCAGCAAGCCUUCCAUGUGGACUGAGGAGCUACGGAAACAGUUCUUAGAGGGCUUUAUGGCCUUCCUGGGUCUUCUCAGAUGCAUGCAGGGAAUGGAGGAGGUGAAGCGUCAGUUCGGGCAGCACAUUGCCGUGGAGCCUGAAUGGGAGGCUGGCUUCUCUCUCCAAAUUCAGCUGCGCCACAUUCUGGCCAUGUUUCAGGACUGGUGCUCUUCUGACGAUGAGAUUUUGCUGCUCACCUUUAAAGAGUGCCACAAAGCCCUGAUGCAGUGCACUAAUCAGCCUUUCCGUCGGGAGGCCUCGGAUUACUACAUGUGCAAACACAUUCUCCACGUGCGCCCAUACAAAGUGUCUCAGGAGCCAGUCAGCAUUCACCUCCCCAUCUCCAGGCUAUUAGCUGGUCUUUAUGUUCUUCUGUGUAGGACUGGUACAAUAGAGCGAUUGCAAAACCCUGAGGUCUAUGACUUUGCCCAGCUGGUGGAGCUGCCCCUGCGCUGUGUGGUGUUAGCUGCCCAGGUUUCUGCUGAAAUGUGGAGGAGAAAUGGAUUGUCCUUGGUCAGCCAGGUUUACUACUAUCAAGAUGUGAAGUGCAGAGACGAGAUGUAUGACAAGGACAUCCUCAUGUUGCAAAUUGCUGCUUCCAAAAUGGAGCCCAACCAUUUCCUCAUGCUCAUCCUGUUGAGAUUUGAACUGUUUGAUUUCUUUAAUGGGAGUCACUCAGGCAAAGAUCAGGAUGAAUUGCUUCACCUCAAUCGUUUGACAGAAGAAAUGCUCUACCUCCUGAUUGUCAUAGUUGGUGAACGCUAUGUUCCUGGGAUUAGCCAAGUCACUAAAGAAGAUGUGACCAUGAGGGAGGUCAUCCACCUGCUAUGCAUUGAGCCCAUGGCCCACAGCAGCCUGGUCAAAGGCCUUCCAGAAAAUGAGAGCCACGAAACUGGGCUGGAGAGUGUCAUUACCAAAGUUGCUACAUUCAAAAAACCAGGGGUAUCAGGUCAUGGCUUAUAUGAAGUCAAAAAGGAGCGUCUGGAAGAGUUCAACCCAUUCUUCUACCAUUAUUCCCGAUCACAGCACAGCAAGGCUGAAGAGUCUCAGAAGAAAAGGAGAGGUCAAGAGGGUAAUGAUAAAGCUCUGCGCCCCCCAGUACCACCCGCCUUCUGCCCAGACUUUGCCAGUGUAGUGCGCCUGCUGUGCUGUGACAUCAUCAUUCACAUCCUGAGACGAGUUCUGCAAAGGGCUGCGGAGGAGAAGACCACCCAAUGGACGGAGGCCAUGAUCCAGAGGGCAUUGCACCUCAUAGGCCAGGCUUUGUUGGAAGAGAAAAUUCAGCUUGAAGAUAGAACAGUAGAUGAAGUAACAUUUGAUUUCAGUCUGAAGGCUCGCAUUAUAGGUUCAGAACACGGCAAAUCAGUGUUUCUAUUGCUGUCAAAGAUUAAAGCUGUGCCCUCUCUUGAAGCGCAAAAGGACAUGAUCAAAUGGUUGUUACAGAUGUUUGAAAUCGUAAAGUGUCUUCGAGAAAAGUCCAGUCCAGCAGCUUCCAUGAGUGUGGAGACUGCAAAGCCUGAGGAGAACAUUCAAGAUAAAGAGAAAGCUGAAAGGAAGAGGAAGGCUGAGGCGGCUAAACUCCACAGACAAAAGAUAAUGGCCCAAAUGUCAGCAAUGCAGAAAAACUUCAUAGAAUCAAAUAAAAUGCUCUACGACAAUAUGCCUGAGAGUGGCCUACAGGGGGAACCUGUUACUGCUAAUGAAAGCUCUGCAAACAAUCAGAUGGAGCUUUGUGUAGCCAUUGGGCCCCUUCGAGGGCCCACCCCAGCAGAGAGGGAGGUGUUGACGUGUAUCCUGUGUCAGGAGGAGCAGGAGGUGACCACCCAUGCUCCAGCCAUGGUCCUGACUGCCUGUGUGCAGAGGUCCACUGUGCUCACACAGUGUAGAGGCAAGAUCCCCACAGCCCAAAUCACAGAUGAUGGUUUGUCCUAUCCACUCUUCAUGCCUCCUGAACUGGCUGUGGGAACUCACACCGGCAGCUGUGGACAUGUCAUGCACGCCACAUGCUGGCAGAAAUAUUUUGAGGCGGUGCAGAACACGACAAGGAACAGGCUACACGCAGAGCUGAUAUUUGACCUGGAGAAUGGAGAGUACCUAUGUCCUCUCUGCAAGUCUCUGUGUAAUACAGUCGUCCCUCUCAUCCCACUGGCACAGCUCACAUUCAACUAUGAAAAUGCAGAGCUAAUUGGACAACAUCUAACAAUGCCACGUUGGAUCCAAGUCAUGGGAGCCAGGAUUAAUGGACUUAAGUCUGUCACUCAGGAUAAUGAUAAUAAAAGCUCUGAUGAGGACAAAGGCUUCAGUGGGGAGGUCCAACCUGAUUUCCGAUCUAUUCUGAGCUAUGGAGUCCAGGAGCCGAGGAGGUUUUCAGACAGCAUCAGUGAUAUGAUCGCAGUAUGUGCCACCACGGUCUACAGAGUUGGACUGCAGACCCCACCCAACGAGCUGUGUCCACGUGUGCCACUGAUGACCUGGAACACCUGUGCCUUUACUAUCCAAGCCAUAGAGAAUAUUUUGCAAGAAGAGGACAAGCCACUGUUUGGGUCAUUACAAAAUCGACAGUUGGCAGGUCUAAAGGCCAUUGUGCAGUUCGCUGCUGCUCAGAGGAUAAAGAGCUCUCAGGCUGUGAUCCAGAGGCACUUUGCGGACCUGUUGGGAGUGUUGCUUCCAGCGAUGAGCAGAAAAAACACACCUUCAAUUGUGGAGGUGGACUUCUUUCAUCUUUUAGUGGGCCUGGUGCUGUCUGUGCCCUCCCUGUAUCAGGAGGAGACAGUAGACUUGCAGCCCUCUGCUGUCAGCGCAGCCUAUAACCACCUGUAUAUUCUCCACCUGGUGACUAUGGCCCACAUGCUCCAGGUGCUCUUCACUUCCACAGAUUUCCCCACUGUGGCCGGUGAAGACGACACAGAGGAGGCUAAGGCAGCAGCAGAAUGGUACACUAUGGUAUCACAAUACACCAAAAGACCAAUGCCCGAGAUGUGCGGCAGUGCUGUGGCAGAGCGGGUCAAAAGAGGGAUCGAGCCUUUCCUGCGAUGUGCUGCUCUCUUCUUUAACUGCCUUACAGGAGUGCACCCCCCCGAGGAGCUCUUUACAACUGCAGUUACAUCUCAAGGACAAUUGGAGCCCCUGUGCAGUUACCUGGCACUACCCCCCAAUGUGUUCCAGCUGUUUUAUGAGCACCGAGACACUGUUACACCACUGCUACAGAGGUGGAGUGAUAGCCCUGUUGUGUCCAAAGCUCUUAAAGGCAAACUGCACACAGUGAGAUAUCCAAGGAGAAGAAAUCGCUUGAUUGACUUGCCUGAGGAUUACAGUGCUCUCCUCAACCAAGCCAGCCAUUUUCAAUGUCCAAAGUCCACGGAUGAUGAGAGGAAGCACCCCACUCUGUGCCUGUGCUGUGGGGCCAUGCUGUGCUCCCUUAGCUCCUGCUGCUUGAGUCAGGUGGAUGGAGAGGAUGUGGGAGCAUGCACUGCCCACGCUGCCACCUGUGGGGCUGGGGUGGGCAUGUUUCUCAGAAUAAGAGAAUGUGAAAUAGUCCUGCGAGCCAGUAAGACGAGAGGAAGCACAUAUCCUGCUCCAUAUCUGGACGACUAUGGGGAGACUGAUCCUCACCUUGUGAGAGGCAACCCACUGCACCUGUGCCCGGAGCGCUACAGGAAGCUGAAGCAGCUGUGGCAGCAGCACUGUAUCCUGGAGGAGAUCGCCCGCAGCCUGGAGGUGGUGAACGUCAUGUUUGCUUUUGAGUGGCAGAUGUUGUGAUGAGUCGCACUGAUGUGGAGAGAGAGGAGUCCCACACAGCCAUAGAGCAGAGGCUGCUCCAGUGCUGCUGAGCACACACGCACUGAUGCACGUACACACCACCAAUCAACACCCCUGCUCCUGUCAGACAGGGCCUGGCGUCUGCUCCCCAUCUGCCCCAGAAGAGGUCCAGACAUCAGGCUGGACACAGGAGGAGGACCCAACAUUAAUGGAGGGUAACCGAAGUCGCCUUUUUAAAUAAAAGCUUUUCUGCAAUGAGGAGAGGUUUCUCCAAACAUCUUAUUAGCAAAGAGGCUUAUUGAAAUAAAGACUUGCAUUAUACACACCCAUCCUUAAGUUCCUCUUAUCUGAUCUCUGGUCUUUGGUGAUGCUGUGAAUCUCUUGCAUUGUCCUUCAUGUUUGAAAAUAUUAUUUGUCAUGUCAUAAGUUAAUUGAUGUUACAUUUUGAAAGAUUUAUUGCUGCUUUUGUCUGUUAUGGUUGGUUCAGAUUUUAGCAAUGGUAUACAUUGAUUCUAUUAUACAAACACUUAUAGCAAGCCAGGUAAACAUUUGGAAAUAUUUUUCAAGAGCUCCAGAUUUAAGUGCCAUUUUGGCUGAAAUCUUUACUGUAGCCACAUGGUUAUUAUUGGCCCUUGGAGACCAUGCUAAUGUAUUCUUCACAAGUUGAGACGUGCUUUACCACUCUGUGUCAUGACCAUGUAUUAUUGAAUAAGCACAUCAUUUUAUGAUCGGAACAUGGUGUAUGGGCGUAUUAACUCAAUUAUUAACUAAUCAUCUUCAUUUAUUCCAGUUCUGGUCAGUUUAUUUAUUUACUUAAAAAUCUGGUGAUACCACACACAUUUUUAUUUUGUCCAUGCAUUCUUAUUUUGUUUUUUUCCAUAAUUGAAACAUGUUAUGGCUUCCAGGCAACUGAAAAUAAUAAAGACCUAUACC